AUAUAGUUAAGGCGUCCAGCGCGUGGGUCGGUUGAAAAUCUAAGCAGGAAGAGUCAGUGUCAGUCCAAAGUCAGUUGACUGUAGUAAUGUAUAGGUGGCAUAAAAUCUGGUUUAAUGUCCGCAUAUGCAAAGCGUCUUCUUUACUAAAGUCCAACAACUGCAGCCGAAGCUUCAGUACUGGCAGAUAUGUCCGGAAAGACCACAUCACCCAGGAUUUGGAGAAGCAGUUUAAAGAACUUCGUGAUAAAGUGACAGCAGCGUUGCCCGGCAGUGACUGGAGCCCGAUCAAGCUGACCCAUGGCCUUCCUCCUGAGCGGGUAGACAUCGUGAUCGUCGGAGGAGGAGUAAUUGGCUGGUCCAUUGCUUACUGGCUGAAGAAUAAAGUGAUGUCUCGGGAUUCGCUGAGGGUGUUGCUGGUGGAGAAGGAUCCCACUUACAGCCAGGCGUCCACCGUGCUCUCUGCAGGAGGCAUUCGGCAGCAGUUCUCGCUGAAGGAAAAUGUCCAGCUCUCGCUGGCCUCUGCUAACUUCCUGAAGAACAUUAAUGAACAUCUCGGUGUGGUGAACGAGGAUCCCAUUGACCUGCAGUUUAAUCACUCUGGUUAUCUGUUCUUGGCCAGUCAAGCAUCGGCACAUAUUAUUGAGGAGAACUACGUGAUUCAAAAAGAACAAGGGGCUAAAGUCAUGCUGUUGUCACCUUCAAAGCUGAAGGAAAGAUUUCCCUGUCUGAACACAGACGGUGUCGCUCUGGCUUCUCUCGGAUUGGAGAACGAAGGCUGGUUUGAUCCUUGGACGCUCUUGAACGCCUUCAGACGCAAAGCCAUGUCUAUGGGAGUGUAUCAGUGCUUUGGAGAGGUCACAGGAUUUAGGUGCUCGACACAAAAUGCAGAAACGAUGGAUGGAGACCUUCUGAACAUUAGAAGGAUCAAACAUGUCAAUGUCCAGAUGGCAAACAGUUUGGAGUACCAGCCUGUGGAGUGUGCCAUUGUAGUGAACGCGGCUGGAGCCGGUUCAGGAAAAAUUGCUGAAAUGGCUGGAAUCGGACACGGCCCGAAAACCAGCAUGAUGUCUAUUCCAUUACCAGUGGAACCCAGAAAGAGGUUUAUUUACGUAGUGCAUUGUCCUGAGGGUCCAGGCUUGGAGUGUCCAUUUCUGAUAGACUACUCUGGAGUUUACCUAAGGCGAGAAGGCCUUGGAGGAAAUUACAUCACAGGGAUGUCACCAGAGGAGAACGAGGAACCAGAUUGCAGUAACCUGGAUGUGGACCAUGAUUUUUUUCAGGAAAAGGUCUGGCCGCAUCUGGCACAUCGAGUUCCUGCAUUUGAGGGUCUAAAAGUGACCGGAUCAUGGGCUGGGUUUUAUGACUACAACACGUUCGACCAGAAUGGCAUUGUGGGUUUGCACCCGCUGGUCAACAACAUGUACUUCGCGACAGGUUUCAGCGGACACGGGCUGCAGCAUUCGCCCGCCGUGGGCCGUGCCGUCGCUGAGCUCAUCCUGGACGGUGGGUUUAAGACCAUCGAUCUGAGCGCCUUUGACUUCAGACGUGUCUUUAACCUCGAGCCCAUGCUGGAGAGUAACAUUGUGUGAUCGUGUGAACACUUUCAUACUCGACCUGACAGUCACUUCACAUUGUCUCCUCAUGGGGGGAUAUACAAAGGAUGUUUAAUCUCAUUUCACCCAAAUAGAUUUUUUUACCUUUUAAUUUUGUGAUGAGUACACAAUAAUAAUAAUGAAGACAGAACAGUCACCCUGAACUUUAUUCUUCUAUAUGUAAGUAUAUGUAAUUAUGCAGAAUUGUAUACACUUGUUAUUAUACUUUAAAGAGAAAAAAUGUGGAAUGAUUGUGUAGUUUUUUAACUUUAUUCAUGUCAUUUGCUUUUUUUUUUUUUUUUUUUUUUAAAUAAGGGUGCCUAUUAUUCUGAACUUGACUAAUUAAAUACAUUUCCAGUUGGGUGCUGGAGGGUCAAUUGUGGAUGUGUUUUAGCAUCAAUAAAAUUCAGGAAAAAAAUAUGUUGGCUAAUAUCUGAGUGGAGUGGGAAUGUUUGUUCACCUUUAGAUAGGAGAAGAUGAAAACAUUAUUCCAACAGUUUCAUCUGUGUUUAUCAACAAGGCAAAACUUGUCAGCAUGCCUGGUGAAUUGUACAAGUAGCUUUUAACACUGCAGAUAUUUAUUAUAAAAUUAAUAAAUUCAGGACUUCUGUUGGCCAUGGAACCAAACAUAGGUUUUAUUGUUGUAAUUGUGUCUCUUUUGUUUAUUUUUGUACUCAUUAAAUAAAAAAUCAAAUGUUUUUA